GGAGUGGAAGAUGGCAGUCAAGGCACAUCAGACCACGGGAGGACACAAGUGACAUUCCUUCCAUACACGCAGGAAGGGGAGGAGGUUCUUCGGUUGCUAAGGAUUGCGUUCAGUCGUGGCUUGCUUUUUCGUAAGGGAAGACUUUCGCCGCCGGAGAAUGGUGAGCAAGAUGACGAAGACAAUGAUGAUGAGGAGGAUGAAGAUGACGAAGGAGAUGAUGACGGCAAUGAUGAUGACAACGAAGAUGCAGACGAUGAGGAUGCAGAUGAUGAUACAGACGUGGAGACGACAGAGGACGAGGAGGACAACGAUGAUGACGAAGAGGACGAAGAUAAUGUUGUGUAAGAACUCGUGCAGAAUGAUAUCCACACAAUGUUGUCGUGUUCAGGUUUUCAGUUCUCCGUUUUCCGAC